CGACAAGAGAUCCUGCAAGAGUCAUGGGAAGCAGGAAGUGCAGUUUGCAUUUCCGGUUUAUUCUGGUGACUCAAGACAAUCCGGAAGUUGAUGCGGCGCGGUCGUAAAUGGCCGCGUCCUGGGAGAAUGCCGCUCGUGGUAUUUUGCGGGCUGCCGCAUAGCGGCAGGAGCCGGCGCGCGGAGGAGCUGUGCGGGGUAUUAGCUGCCGAGGGCCGCGAGGUAUACAUCGUGGACGACGCAGCGGUGCUGGGCGCAGAGGACGCGACAGUGUACGGCGAUUCUGCCCGUGAGAAGGCGUUGCGUGGGGCCUUGCGAGCUGCUGUAGAGCGCCGCUUGAAUCGCCACGUUGUGGUCAUCCUCGACUCGCUUAACUACAUCAAGGGCUUCCGCUACGAGCUUUACUGCUUGGCGCGGGCGGCGCGCACACCGCUCUGCCUAGUCCACUGCCUGCGGCCCGGAGCUCAGAACCGGGGGCAUCAUCAGACCGGCGCGGAGGAGAGCGAGGGCCGGAACGUCAGUGUGAGUUGGCGGCCAUGCGCUGAGGAGGGCGGGAGACCUAAGGUGACGGGCACCGGUGUUUUCAGGGAACCACAAGCAGUGGUCUCCGAAGUAAAUGGGAGACCCCGAGCCGAGGUUCCCAGAAAGCUGGAGCCGGAGGAAACCUGGGGCCCUGAUUUUCCAGCUCUCGUGGCUCCGGAAUCCGAGAAAUCUGCAGAACGUGUGUCUAGUGCCUUUUACCCUCCCGAACUUCUGGAGGCCCUAAAACUGCGCUUCGAGGCUCCCGAUUCUCGGAACCGCUGGGACCGGCCCCUUUUCACCUUGGUGAGCUUAGAAGAGCCCUUGCCCCUGGCGGAGAUCCGGGCUGCCCUGUUUGAGAAUCGGGCCCCUCCACCCCAUCAGUCUACACAGUCCCAGCCCCUCGCCUCCGGCAGUUUUCUUCACCAGUUGGACCAGGUCACGAGCCAAGUAUUGGCAGGAUUAUUGGAAGCGCAGAAGAGUGCUGUCCCUGGGGACUUACUCUCGCUUCCUGGCACCACGGAGCACCUGCGGUUUACCCGGCCCCUGACCAUGGCAGAACUGAGCCGCCUUCGUCGCCAGUUUAUUUCCUACACCAAAAUGCAUCCUAACAAUGAGAACUUGCCACAAUUGGCCAACAUGUUUCUGCAGUACCUGAGCCAGAGCCUGCAGUAACCAGACGGGCUAGGGAGAAAGCCUCUCUAACCUCCACUGCUCUCUCUUUCACUGGAAUAGUCUGAAGGUCUGUGUGUGGCACUAGAGCAUACUGAUGUGUGGUACUAGAGUUAUUGUGACUGAUUCACUCAAACUUUCUGAAUGCUUCUGUGCCAGACCUGGAGUUUACAACACAAGUUGAGACUAGAGAGAAUGGAGAACUGGCUUGAAAGAUCCUGGCAAAUUCCUCCAGACCACAGGUGGACAGCAGAUCCUUAGAUUGGAUUCUACUUGGGAUGUCACACACCAUUGAUUGAGAGUUGUGGAAGAGCAGACUGCAUGGAUAGAUUGUUUUUAAAUAAUUGUGAAAAGAAAUGUGAAGAUGGCAUAGUCCUGCAUCUGCGGUGGUCUUCUUUCAUAGCACAAAAAUUAAUUUUGAGUAUUGUACCUGCUUUGUGCUAGUCUCUGUCCUGCACACUGGGGUCACAGAUGAAUCCAUUUGUUACUGUCCUUGGGACGCUCUGCUAUUGGUAGAGGUAAAAGACUUAUUUACUAUGUUAUUUUCUCUAAUAAAAUAUUUUAAAAGAAGAGUCUGCUGGCAUCCUUGCUUCUUACUUUACAC